UUCCUCCGUCUCCUCCCCAUUACAGGGAGGGUUGUAAUAGAACCUAGCAUAACAUUUUUUUAUCCCACUGUUAUUAAAAGCUUAAGAAGCUUACGUGUGUUUGGCUGAAGCUGCAGUCCAGAGAACAUGUCGUCCUGGGCGAAGUCGUCCGCAGCUGCCCGACGGCAAGCAGCUAACCCCAAUGGAAGUUCUCAACAACUGCGUCUGUUUCGGAGAGCAACACCUUACUCCAGAGAGGAGAGGGGCGAGGAGCUGAAGGAUGCCCUGGACAGCUAUGAAGAACUAGAGCAAAUCCAAAACUACAGUGGAAAUGUGAAGUACGAGGGGUACAAGCAUCAGCAAAAUGCAAAGCCAUCCAAAGCAGCCAAGGCCGACGGCUGCACUCCAGCAGACAGACGCAAAGCCCUGUACCAGAAGUUCUACAGACAGGUGCAGGAGGACAAGACGCCGGCCGACUGCGUGGUCCUCUCUGUCACCAACCGGUGCAUGGAUUACCCCAAAUCGCUAAGCCAGUGCUUGCAGGAGCGUGGCCUGUCAGUGGAAAUGCUCUACCUUCAGGCGGAGUCAGGCCUGACCCGGGCUCUUCAGGAUGUCCGAGCAGUCGGCUCGCCGUUAUGUAUUCUGGUGGAGCACACAAACGUAGCUCUGUCCUCCUGCACUGUUAUCAUAUUUUCAGAAUCCCUAAAAAUCCAUCGCAACAUGCCCAAAGACCAGGCCAUGGACUUUGUUACAGCAGAGUACAGCCAUGGACUCGUCAAAGAACGUCCAGGAAGAGAUCCCGCGGAGACUGCAGCACAGUCGUCACAGCUGGUGGAUGACUUCCUGGAACGAGAAAAAAUCGAGCGCCACACCGUUCCCCUUGAAACCCGCCAGCUCCUCCUGCUGUUUGCCGACGGGGUGCAUCUCUACCACGAAGAGCUGGGAACCAUCUCGGAGUACGUCCGUUCCCGGCAGGAGCACGCACAAGCUUCCCACGCUGAGGGGAAGAGGGGUAACAUGUUGCCUCCAGGUUUGGGGAAACCCCCUCCUCUGCUCCCCACUCCACCAGGGCUGCUUCAACCCCAGUCCUCAGCCGGAGCAGGGCCCAUGAUGAACCACUCUCCCACUCCUCUGUUGCUUUCACCAGGCUCUUAUCCCAAAACCAAACCUCCUCCUCUACUGUCCUUGCAUCGACCGAACGGUCCGUCGUUAGGGGGCUCAUCUUCACGAGGCCUGCUGUCUUCACACAAUCCCUACGGUGGCCCCUCUGCUCCUCGCGGGCCCCCUCUCCACCACGUUCCCCCAUACCACCAAGGCCCCAGAGGCACUCACAUGGGCAGAGGAGCCCCGCCUUCUCUAAAAAGUUCACGUCCUCCACUUCUCGCUUCUCCAGGUGGCCCUCUUCAGCGACCUGGUGGCCCCCGACACUAACAACAUAGACAUCCACUCACACUGUUACACACGGAGGCUACUAGUACCAGCAGUGUUUUGAACAUUUCACCAAACUGGAGACCAGAUUACUCCUGGCGGCUGCGUGCCCUUAUCUUUUUUUAAAUAAUAAUUAACAAACAUAAUUGAUUAGAUGCCAAAAUGGUCGUAAUUGUUAAAUAUUAAGUACUUGUGGAUUGAAUGAUGACAACAUAUUCUAAUGACUUAUGUUUUUAAGUUUCCAGGAUCCCUGCGUUAUCCCUUUUCAUGUAUUUUCUUUAUAAUGUACUGCAAGUUUCACCCAGUCAUCCCAAAAACAAAAAAAAUCUUGUCUGCCCUUGUGCACUCCAUACACUUGGUGUCUAAGGUUCAGUGUCUAAGGUUCAGCAUAGGAUAAAUGUCGACUGACUUUUUUUAUUUUUUUUGUAUAUAAUGAAUUAAGCAAGUAGCCUACCAGCUGUAUAAGGUGCUUCAAGAUGGUGCUUAAGAUUUUGUCAUGAAAAAAGAUUUUAAAAAAGUACUUGUGGAGCUUGUAUAAUCAGGGUUGAAUAUGAUAUUGACUUAAUUGGUAUUAAAGUGUCUUAAAUCAA